AUGGCGUCUCCCAAGAUCAUCCUCUACACCAACCACAACUGCCCUUGGGCACACCGAGCUCAUAUCGCCCUCGCCGAGCUAAAUCUCCCCUUCGAAGAAGAAAUCAUCGACCUCAGCGUCCCCCGCACCCCCGAAUACCUGAAGAUCAACCCCCGCGGUCUCGUCCCCUCCAUCUCCUACAACGGCGAAAUCAUCACCGAGUCGGCCAUCGUCUCGCAAUUUCUCGCCGACGCGCACCCGUCGCAUCUCCUCCCCGUCUCCAACGCAGAAGGCGGCGCCCUGCGCAGGGCCAGGAUCAAUUUCUUCGUCGACACCUUUUUCACCAAGGCCUUCCCGCUUUUUAUUAAGAGCUUCUCGGCGCCCGAGGAGGAGGUGGAGGGAUUGGGGACACAAUUUGCUGAGAUUGCUAGCAAGGAGUUGGAGCCGCUUUUGAGUGAUGCGAAGCCGUUCUUUGGUGGGAGUGAUAAAUUGACCCUUGCUGAGGUUCUCACUGGCUCCUUUGUUAUCCGGGUCCUCACGCUCCCGGAAAAGGGUGUUCUUCCCAAGAGUUACGUCGCCAGCCUUCCCGAAAAGGCACCCAACUUCUACAAGUGGGCUCAAGUUGUUUCUGCCCACCCCAGUGUUAAUGGGAUUUACGACGUCGACACUAUCGCCGAAAACACGAAGAACAGGAUUGCGAAGCUCAGAGCUCAGAGCAAGUAA